AUGUUUUGCCGUCAGACCCUGCUCAUUGCGGCCAAUGGCCUGCUUGGCUUGGUCUUCACCAUCGAGUGGGAGUUCGUCCCCUAUGACUGGACGUCGUUUGCACGGCUUCAGCCGUACACGCUGGGCGGCGCCGGUACCUGUGGAGACCGUGGAGGACGUCGGCCUUCCCCAAGCCCGUUCAAAUUCACGAUGCACCCAUCCUUCAAGAUGGACCGAGACAUGGUCGUGGUCGGGGCCGGCGGCCACCUCCACGACGGAGCCGUGGGCCUGGAGAUCAUACAUAACAAACGGCCGCGGUGCCGAUUCGUGCCAAGAUAUGGCACCAGUCCCGGCUCGGUCGAUGCCCACGGGACGGCUCACCGGUCCGCCAUGCCUCAGUCUCUCGGGCCGAUCCUGGCAGCCAAGGGUAAUGACUGGACUGUUACGGCGCACUACAAUUUCAUCAAGCACGCUCCCAUGAUGACUGGUGAUAGUUACUCGACGGUCAUGGGCGUGGCGAUUAUGUAUGCUCUUGAUCUGCCGUCCACGGGUUCGCAGUGA